AAUCAGGCCAGGAGACCCCUGUCCUAUCUUAAAAAAAAAGCGCUACCCCGUGACAACAGCUGGUUGCCGUCAGGAUGAAGCUGUCCCUGUUGUUUUUAUGUGUUCUUCAUCUGGCCUUUGUCAGCGGAGGGCUUCUCACCAGCAAUGAUCUCCAGAGUGGCAGCAGCAAUUUCACAAAGAUCUCCAGGAGGGCAGGCAAUUUUCCAAGCAGAUACCGAACACUGUUUGCAAGAAGAGAGCAAUAUGAACAACAGAAGCUUCUGAUGAUGAGGCCGAAAAAAGUGCCUGUUCCUUCCAAGGACUCCCCUACCAAGGCACCACCAAAACCUGCUUCUGCCACGUGUUCCCAGCUGGGACAAAGUUGUUUGCCACAUCAAGGCUGCUGUGUGCCGUGUUCCACCUGCCACUGCCACUUCUUCAAAGCCAUCUGCUUCUGCAGAAGGAUAAAUAUGCAAUGCACCAAAAAUACCUAAAAAAAAAAAAAAAAAAAGUACAUCUGCCACCAUUAUGUUCAUGCAGACGUAACUCAUCUUCACUUUGAAGGACUUAAAAAGGCAACCGCUGGCACAGCAUUAUAUGCUUUCAAGAACUAGGGGGAUGAAUUUGAACAACAAUGCUAUUAAACUACUAUCAAUAUUUUUUUAUACUUUUGUUAAAAUGUACGUCAUUUUGUAAUAUUGUAUGCAGGGGCACCAUUAGGGGGAGUCAAGUGAUGAUGAUUGUAAGGGCCCUUGACUGACAGGGGCCCCAGAAAAUUGAAUUUUCAGAUGCGGAUGUGGACUCCACUCUAACUCCCUGGCGGGGCAACUGAUUUUAUGCUAACGUGCUAGUAGAUAGAUAUCAUUCUGCUACUGUAGUGUUCUCGGUUUUGUUAUAUAUAUAUAUAUAUAUAUAUUGUUUCCUUUCUAUCAGUCUUAAAUGCAUUAUCUGCACACACACACACACACACACACACACACACACACACACACACACACACACACUUGUCAAAGCAACCCUAAAAUGUGGGUCAAAUCUGGCCUUCAAAUAUGGUAAGGUGAAACGUUGGCUUUG